AUGAUUCAACUAGGAUUCGCUUAUCUGAUUCUCCUGAUAACGGCGGCCAACUUUGGAAAUGCAUCUGCUUCAGAUCUUGAUGAAAAAGUGGCGUCCUUUUACGGGAAAAGCUCACCCGGGACCGGCCACACCAACAAUUGGGCUGUGAUUGUGGGCGCAUCAAGAUUCUGGUUCAAUUACCGUCACGUUGCAAAUGCCCUGUCCAUCUAUCGAAGCGUGAAGCGAUUUGGCAUUCCUGAUUCGCAGAUCAUUCUCAUGAUAUCAGAUGAUAUGGCCUGUGAUGCUAGGAAUCCUCGACCGGGAACGGUUUUCAACAACGGUCAGCACCACAUCAAUGUGUACGGCGACGACGUUGAGGUCGAUUACCGGGGCUACGAGGUGACCACCGAGAACUUCAUUCGUUUGCUCACCGGACGAGUGCUUGAAGCGACGCCAAAGUCGAAGCGACUGCUGACCAAUUCCGGCUCAAACAUUCUCAUUUACAUGACCGGCCACGGUGGUGAUGGUUUUCUGAAGUUUCAAGACUCAGAAGAGCUAACCUCAAUGGAGCUGGCAAAUGCCUUUGAGCAGAUGCAUCAGAAGGGGCGAUACAAUGAGGUGCUCUUUAUCAUUGACACCUGUCAGGCGGAGUCAAUGUCGGCUAAAAUCUACUCGCCCAACAUCAUUGGCAUUGGAAGCUCAAAGGUAGGUGAAGAUUCACUUUCUCAUCACGGCGACCCAUCAAUUGGCGUCUACGUCAUUGACCGGUAUACAUACUAUGUGCUGGAGUUUCUUGAGAGGUAUUCACCGCAUUCUAGCAGCUCAAAAACAAUCACUCUUGGUGAUUUUCUUGAAGUUUGUCCUAAACACCUCUGCAUAUCCACGGUCUCUGUUCGCCGUGAUCUGUACGGCCGAAGUCCAUACAGUGUGCCAUUGAGUGACUUUUUCGGCAAUGUCGCCAACCUCAAACUGGUGCCUGUGCAGAGGGGCACUCAAAACAUGACUAGUAUUUAUGACACUGCUCAAAAAGUGUCCACAAAAAAUGCAGCUCAGUCAUCAUCACCAUCGUCAUCAUCAUGGACUUUAGUCGAUCCAUUUCCUUUUUUAAAAACCGAGCUGUAG